GCCAUUUUUAAGCAAAGAGGCAACUCACGCGCAGUCUCGUUCGCAGGACGUGAUCGGCGCGGUGUCUUUUCGUCCACUGAUCUCCGACAGGGGAGGCAGCCAAAUAUAAAAAAUGGGGAAGAUUAUGAAACCGCAGAAGGUGGUGCUUAUCCUAAGCGGAAAGUACGCGGGCAGAAAAGCAGUGAUCAUCAAGAAUAACGACGAUGGCACGCCCGACAAGCAGUACGGACACGCUCUGGUCGCCGGCAUCGAGCGCUACCCGAGGAAGGUUACGAGGAGUAUGAGUAAGAAGCGGAUCGCAAAAUACAACAAAAUCAAGCCAUUCCUCAAAGUUUACAACUACAAUCACCUGAUGCCCACAAGGUACACCGUGGACAUUGUAAUUGACAAGCAGGUGGUAAACAAGGAGACCUGGAAGGACCCUGCCAAGCGACGAAAGUCUAGGAGGGAAGUGAAGGCAAAGUUUGAGGAGAGGUACAAGAGUGGAAAGAACAAGUGGUUCUUCACCAAGCUGCGCUUCUAAACAGGGGCUUUAAAUAAAUAUCUGUGUUUCCCUCA